AUUAGUUCCAGGCUGCAACUUGCCUAAUUUUUGCGGGGUUGAGAUGUGCUUUUCAGCUGGGAAAUCCAUCAUCGAUGGUUACUUUAGACUUUGUAAUAUCUCUGUAUGUGAAGUUUGGUUCGAGACUUUAGUUAUGGUGCUUGCUUCAGAUUUCCCUAAUGAAUAGAGGAAGAGGAAUGAAGGAUAUCUUGUUUUCCCCCCAGAAAAUGCUGUCAGAUAGUCGCCCGUACUUAAGACGAUAUAAUUUAUAUCUGGAUUAUAGACGAUCUGUACUGCUAAUUGUAUGAUAGAGCCAGCCAGUAGGUCUCUAGAGGUGACUCUGUUUAGCCUUUUCAAAUGGAAUCAAACGGGGACUCUGAACUCCAUGUAACGAUGGAAGAAAGUUCUCCUAAAAGCUUUCAAAUCGAUCCGAGAAGAGCACGUUUCCCAUACUGCGUUGUCUGGUCACCCCUUCCGGUCAUAUCGUGGUUCAUCCCUUUCAUCGGGCACGUUGGAAUAUGCAGAGAGGAUGGAGUAAUCUUGGACUUUGCAGGGCCCAAUUUUGUAUGUGUAGAUAAUUUUACAUUUGGGGCAGCAACUCGUUACCUACAGAUAAGCAAAGAGAAGUCUGAAUUAUACGAGGCUUCAUGCUAUCUGUUCACAUGUUCCCCACAGUGUUCUUUUCUUCCCUGUACAUCCGACUACAACAACGAGGAUCAAAACCGAGAGGAUGAAUUUGGAAGAGACAUGUCGACUUGGGACGAAGCACUGAGAAAAAGUACGCAGGAGUUUCAACACCGUCACUACAACCUCUUCACUUGCAACUGCCACUCCUUCGUGGCAAACAAUCUGAACAGGUUGGGUUUUCGAUCCGGGGGAUGGAAUGUGGUGAACCUGGCUAUCUUGUUCCUUCUCGAGGGCCGCUGGGUGAACAAGGCGGCAAUCUUGAGAUCCGUCUUGCCAUUCGUCAUCGUCUUCCCUCUCGGGCUCAUACUCGGAGGCUCGACCUUCCUGAUGAUCUGGGCAUCCUUGACCUUCCUCCUCGUGGGGUGGUUUUUCCUCGGCACAUACUGUUUUCCGAAUGUGAUCCAAUUGUAAUGCUCUCCACGUAGCGGCAUGUAAAAACGCCAUCCGACCGAUUUCUGAUCACACUCACGCAAGACGUGGUUUGUAGUGCACUAUGUAAAUACUGCAGCUUUCUUCUGGUUUCUCGUCUCUUGAAUUAGUCA